ACACCAACGUAACUCGUAACUCCCUCUUGCGAUGGUUGUGUGGUCGCGUGUGUUGUUCUCCGGUGAACUGCACGUCAAUACACUGUUCAUGUCAUCAAAUAUGACGGAGGUACAAAUGAGCAAAGAUGGAUGUUGAAGCAAUUCAGGGAUUCCUCUCUCAUGGGGACCAAGGAGCACACAGAAGGGCACUCCAGUAUUUCGAGCAGCUGAAGGAAUCUUCAAAUGGCUGGCAGUUGUCUGUGCAGACAUUGCUGGAUCCAUCUGUUCAGGAUGACUCCGUCAAGUUUUUCUGCAUCAGUAUACUGGAACAUUACGUGAAAACAGGGUAUUCUACAGCUGAUGAAAGGGUUCAGCAGGCAAUGCGGAAUUUCAUCAGCCAGUGGUUACAGAUGAAGGUGUAUCACGAUGGUCUGGAACCGGUGUUUGUGCGCAACAAGAUGGCCCAGCUGGUGUGCAGGGUGUUCCUUUGUGACUACCCUGCGCGGUGGCCGGAGUUUUUCACUCACCUGCUUAGCAGUCUGUCCUUAGGGGCUCCAGCUGUGGAUUCCUAUCUCCGUACCCUGCUGGCCAUCAACGGGGAUGUGGCCGACAAAGACAUCCCACACACCCCCAAGGAGAUGGAGCGAAACACGAUGUUGAAGGAUACGAUUCGGGAGAGGCACGUUGUUGACCUGGUCAAUUCGUGGUACACUAUACUGACGAGCAGCUACCAAGGUGCGAAUGAAGAAUUGACCUGCUUAUGCCUCGACGUUAUAGGGGCAUACGUGGCAUGGAUUGACAUUGGACUCGUUGCCAACGACCGCUUCGUCUCCAUCCUCGUUCAGUUCCUCUCGAUGCCCUCACUGAGGGAAGCAUCAUGCGAGUGCAUUUAUGAGAUUGUGGGGAAGGGCAUGGACCCUCUAUCGAAAGUAAAGCUAAUUCAGUCACUCUCUGAGGUGCUGCAGUCGGCAGGGAUUCUGGGACUCAGCGAGGUGGAUGAUGUAGAUUUUUCAAUUAAGCUUGCAAAGCUUGUCAACAGAAUGGGGAUCCAGCUGAUCACUUGUCUUGAAAAAUUGCCAAAGAAAGGUGUCGAGAGUGAUCAUUUAUUGGCAAGAAAGGAGCUAGAAGGAAAGGUACCAUUGAUGCUCCACUUCCUUGGCAAUGAAGACGAUGAUGUUUCUCAGGCUGUUGCCGAGUUUGCUCGGGAAUAUGUUCAGCUGCUUAAGCAAGAACCUCUCAUGUACAGCAACCAAGGGAAAGCAAGUGUGCAGGCCCUUUUGUAUAUAAUUAUAAACAAAUACAAGUAUGAUGAAUCUUAUUUAUUUGACCGCCAGGGCGAGGAUGAGGCCCUCUUCCUGGAGUACCGGAAGACAUUGAAAGUUUUGUUUGACAACGUGGCCCAGUUGGACAAAGAAGUAACAUUAUCAUGUAUGCGUUCCAUGAUCUGCACAGCCCUGCAGAACUGGAGAAGCUUGCCUUUUCAAGAUGUUGAAGUGGCACUAUCGUUCCUCUACAUGUUGGCAGAAGCCAUCCCAGGUUUUCAUUGUAGCCAGAUGAAUGCAAGUGGUGACAAUGUCCCUCCCAUGUUUGAAAUGCUCAGACUGUUCAUGAUAUCAGGAGUGAGUAUGUAUGGUCAUAUAGCUGUGACCUUGCAAUACUUUGAGACCAUGGUACGGUACGAAAAGUUCUUCAACCAAGAGACUCAGUACAUUCCAGAAGCACUUGUUGCUUUCAUGGAUGAACGUGGUCUGAGAAAUCCCAGUCCUAAAGUAAGGAGUCGGGUGUCCUAUCUCUUUUCAAGAUUUAUCAAGAGCCUUCGGGCUCACCUUCUGAGCUUCACGGAGCACAUUUUGAGUCGUCUGGAAGACCUCCUUGCUCUGUGUCCCACAGAAAAUGGUCUGGUGCACUCCAGUGCCCUUCUUUCUCCCGAUGACCAGCUCUACCUGUUUGAAGCCACAGCAGUUCUGAUCAUUUCAGACCAGUUCCCGGCAGAGAAGAAGCAGUUGUUGAUGAAAGGGCUGCUGAUACCUGUAAUGAGCAAGUUUGAGUCCUUAGCUCAACAGCUGCCUGUUGAAAGGGACGAACAAAAGCGGAGCAGCAUAGUAGAGUGCAUGAGUCACGCCAUGGCAGUCACCAGUCGGACAAGCAAAGCGUUCUCGAACCACCAGACGAUGAAGAGCUGUAAUUGUGUCGCAGUGUACCUGGAAGCUCUUCAAGUGUUCCUUCAAGCUCUAGAUCUUCCCUGUGAGCAAGGGGCGCUCCAGUCGGGAGUUCGGCAGUUUUUGCACCGGCUGGUUGUGUGCUUGGAAGAAGAAGUCCUGCCCCAUGUUCCGACAGCCUGUGACCGCCUCCUUCAGUCACCCGACGUGCGCAGCAUCCAGGAACUGAUCCCAUUAAUCAACCAGAUAGUGUGCAAGUUCAAGCUCUCAUGGGUGUUUCAGAAAGAGGUGGUGCCUUUCCUGCAACGCAUCUUCCUGCCGCUUGUCAAAGUGAUCUUUGGUGCCCUCGCGACUCCCAUCGACCCAGACGACCAGCAGGCCCAGAGGGACCGGCAGCUCUUGCAAAGAGCGUACUUCCUCUUUGUGGCCGCAAUCGUUACAAACAACGUCAUCGAAGUCAUAGCUUGUCAAGAUGCCCAAAGCCUGGAACAAGUCUUCAACACCAUUAUCCAGGGAGCUGUAGACUUUCCUGACCCCGUGGCACAGAGAACGUGCUUCACCAUUCUGAAGAAGAUGGUAGAACUGUGGGGCGGACCCGAGGCAGAACCACACUUUGUGGAUUUCCUGUACAGCUCUAUUGUGCCAGUCUGCUUUCAUGCUCCUCUUAAGGAUUCCUUCGACCUGACUGAUGCCCAAACUGUUUUGGCACUGUCUGAGGUUGCUGCCUGUAUGCAGACCAUUUGGAAGAAACGAGGAGAAGAACUCAUUACCUACCUCAAGGUGUAUCUGCCAUCUCUUCGGAUGUCGCAACAACAAGUCGAGGCCUACGUUGUCCGUUUACGUUGCGAGCCCAAGGGAUUUAGGGAUUAUAUUAAGGUACUUUUUAAUGAACUACGGUCCUCUUGACAGAGAAGUGUGUGCAGAUGACAUUAUCCAACCUGGUUAAAGAGCACAAGUGCCGGUUGAGCAGUUUCAGACGAGUGUGGUAAUGCACUAAUCAUGUGAAAUGUGAACGCGUGUAAAGCAAGCUAUAUUUUGUACAGGUCGCAACUGCAGAGUAAAAUAAAGAAAGCAACGUUGGUAUUAUGAAAAA